AUGCAUGUGUUCUACAGGGACCUGCACCUGGACCUGGACCUGGACCUGGACCUGCACCUGCACCUGGACCUGCACCUGGACCUGCACCUGGACCUGCACCUGGACCUGCAUCUGGACCUGCACCUGCACCUGGACCUGCACCUGGACCUGCACCUGGACCUGCACCUGGACCUGCACCUGGACCUGCACCUGGACCUGCACCUGCACCUGGACCUGCACCUGCACCUGGACCUGCACCUGGACCUGCACCUGGACCUGCACCUGCACCUGGACCUGCACCUGGACCUGCACCUGGACCUGCACCUGCACCUGGACCUGAACCUGGACCUGGACCUGCACCUGGACCUGCACCUGGACCUGCACCUGGACCUGCACCUGGACCUGGACCUGGACCUGCACCUGGACCUGCACCUGGACCUGCACCUGGACCUGGACCUGGACCUGCACCUGGACCUGCACCUGGACCUGCACCUGGACCUGCACCUGGACCUGCACCUGGACCUGCACCUGCACCUGGACCUGCACCUGGACCUGCACCUGGACCUGCACCUGGACCUGCACCUGGACCUGCACCUGCACCUGGACCUGAACCUGCACCUGGACCUGCACCUGGACCUGCACCUGGACCUGCACCUGGACCUGCACCUGGACCUGCACCUGGACCUGGACCUGCACCUGGACCUGGACCUGCACCUGGACCUGGACCUGGACCUGCACCUGGACCUGCACCUGGACCUGGACCUGCACCUGGACCUGGACCUGCACCUGGACCUGCACCUGGACCUGCACCUGCACCUGGACCUGCACCUGGACCUGCACCUGCACCUGCACCUGCACCUGGACCUGCACCUGGACCUGCACCUGCACCUGCACCUGCACCUGGACCUGCACCUGGACCUGCACCUGGACCUGCACCUGGACCUGCACCUGGACCUGGACCUGCACCUGGACCUGCACCUGGACCUGCACCUGGACCUGCACCUGGACCACCACCUCUGCCCCGAGGAACACACUGAGGUGAGGGACAGGAGGCCCCUGGACUCUGUGGAGGAGGUGAGGGACAGGAGGCCCCUGGACUCUGUGGAGGAGGUGAGGGACAGGAGGCCCCUGGACUCUGUGGAGGAGGUGAGGGACAGGAGGCCCCUGGACUCUGUGGAGGAGGUGAGGGACAGGAGGCCCCUGGACUCUGUGGAGGAGGUGAAGGACAGGAGGCCCUUGGACUCUGUGGAGGAGGUGAGGGACAGGAGGCCCCUGGACUCUGUGGAGGAGGUGAAGGACAGGAGGCCCUUGGACUCUGUGGAGGAGGUGAGGGACAGGAGGCCCCUGGACUCUGUGGAGGAUCACCUCCACAGGCACAGGAGGUGCUAG